AUGAAAUCGGGAUCGCCAACUUCAACAACCAUUCAACAACCUGAUGUAAAAUUCAACAAAACAUCAUGUUUGUUGUUCGAGCCUAACGUGCUCUUCUUUCCGAUGCCCAACAAGUACAAAACAAUACUAACGCUACACAUUUUCAAUAAUCAUCUUACAGAAUUUGUAGCCUUCUCAAUUAAGAAUCCAAACCCUCAAUAUUUUAAAUUCUCUAAAAUGUCAGCAGUGCUGUUACCAAAAACCUCAACAUGCAUUGAAAUAACGUUGGAAUGCUUUCAUUCUUGGACAAUUGGGGAAAGUAAUGGUAACGUGGUUGAGUUUCAUUACAAACAAUCUGAUGAUCCUCAAGAUUUUACUAAAAAAGGUUCAUUGACAAGAAAUACCCAUAUUGAAAAACUCGAAUACAAAAUUUCCUUUCCAUCCAAUGAUAACUUGAGUGUCAAAAUUCUCAACGAUACCAUUACCAUUGCUCCUAAAAAAGUCCACUUUGACGGCAUCAGAGAUCAUGAAGUGAAAUACAUUUCGUUGUUAUAUGGUUGUGAAGAGAAUUGUCCAGUACCUGUUUGGGACUUAUUUAUGGAGCCAACAGAAUUUGUGUUAAUCAGUAGAAAUCAAUUACAGGAAGAAAUUCAAUCCUAUUAUUGCCCUUCUUGUUUAAUGGAAGUAUCUGGAUCUGAAGCCAUGUCUAAUCGAAUGACAUGCUCGUAUUGCUACGAAUGUCCUCAGUGUAAUUCCAAUUUAACAAUUGUUAGCUCUGAGAAUGGUACCUAUUUUGAUUGUCCAUUCUGUCAUUGGAAUUCACUUUCUAUUGGAUUGAAUACAGAGGGAAAGUAUUCUCAACUCUUUGAUCAACUGAAGGAUCAUGAUUUCAUUCACCAAAACAAGUUUUAUAUUCUAUCAAAAGCAUUUGCAGAGUUGUGUCAUUCCAGUCAAUUCGAAUUAAGCAAAACCAGUAAUUCCGUUAUGGCUUCCAACAAAAACCUUCCUAUCAUUUCCAUUGACGAAUUUUUAAAUGAACGUCAUGAUGAGGAGUAUGACAGAUUGAGUCCAACUUCAUUCAAUUACACUUCAUUCAUAUCAUUCCCUAAUCGAUUGUUGCAUCCUUCAUGCAACGAAAUUCAUUCUGAACAUGUUUGGCCUUUUCGAAAAACACUCUGUACCAAGAAAAUCAAAAAGUAUGGAAAUACUGUUAUUGUCAAAAGAUCAGCUGAUUCCAAUUCAUCUUUUGGCCAUUUUGAGAUCAAUCAUAGUGCCAUGUUUUAUUUACCAAAAGUAUCCAUUGUGAACGCUCCAGUCAUGUUCCUCAAUCACGAAAGUGAUCUCUACCUCAAUAUAACCAAUCCACAUGAGAACUUUAAACUCAGUCUUACCUUUUCUCAAAAUUUGAAUUACUCAAAAACGAAUGCAAAACUCAUUCUCUCGGAUCGACCAAUUAUUUUGAGAGAACAUUUUGGACUUGAUCUUUAUUCACAUGAUACCAUGGUAUUUAUUCAAGGAAAUGAAGAAGAAUAUAGAUUAAGAUCUGAGGAUGAUACAUCUUUUGUGUUAGAACGAAGAGGUAAUCAAGUCAAAGUUCGACUUGGUAUCAUUCCACAGCAAGCGGGUCCUGUUCAAUGUUCUCUGUGUGUGAAAAUGAGUAUCAUACCCAAUGAAAUGUCCUCCUCAACGGACUCGGAUUCUGGAUUCAAUGAUAAUGCCAUUCGUCACUCAGAAAAAUCAACCUUAUUUUACAUUUUUCUAACAUUGCCUUCAAGUUCGUUGGAGAAGGCUCCCGUAGAAGAUGAACCUAUACCUGUGGAUUACUCUCGAAUGAUAUUUUAUUGA